AUGACACGUCAUCAGUCAUGGAUCACCGGCAGCCUCUGCUCCUCCACCACCGCCACCGCCGUCUCCCUCUCCGACGACUCCACCACCACCUGCUCUUCUUCUUCCUCCACCGCCAGCAGCCUCAGUAGCCUCCAGAGCAAUCUCUCUCUCCAAACCCACCCUUCCCUUCCUUCCCUCCAAAAAUCCCCCGCCGACUAUUCCCCUUACUCCUCCGCCGCCGCCUCUCCCGCCGCCGCCGACUUCCACUGCUCCAACACCCUCCGCCCCCGCCCGGACCUCCCAAUCACCUGCCUCGUCGUCAACGGCGACCUCCUCUACGCCGCCUCCGGCCACCAGAUCACCGUCUACCACCGCGCCACCGGCGCCCUGCUUGAGUCCUUCAACGACGCCGCCUCCGCCGCCGACGGCGGCUCAGUCAAGGCCGUCGCGUUUCUUGACGGCAAGGCCUUCUCCGCCCACCAGGACGGCAAGAUCCGCGCCUGGAAACCGUCGGCGGAACGCCGGCGCCACAAGUUCCUCGCCGCGCUACCCACCGCCGCCGACAAGCUCCGCCACUUCGCCUUCCCGAGCAGCUACGUCACCGUCCGUCGCCACAGGAAGAUCCUCAAGAUCCAGCACGCCGACGCCGUCGCCGCCGUCGCCGGCGGCGGCGGUGGAGCGAUCUACUCCGUCUCGUGGGACCGGAGCCUGAAGAUCUGGAGCGCGUCGUCGCUCCGCUGCCUGGAUUCCAUCCCCCGGGCCCACGACGACGCCGUCAGCGCCGUUGCCGUCUCCACCGACGGCACAGUCUACACCGGGUCGGCUGACCGUCGGAUCCGGGUCUGGUCCAAACCCGACCCGACGCGGCACAGGCACGCGCUGGUCGCGACGCUGGAGAGGCACAAGUCUGCGGUCAACGCGCUGGCUUUAAACGACGACGGAUCGGUCCUGUUUUCGGGGUCGUGCGACCGGUCGAUUUUGGUGUGGGAGAGGGAGGACAGCGCGAGCCACAUGGCGGUCACCGGGGCGCUGAGGGGACACGGGCAGGCGGUGCUGUGCCUGAUCAACGUCUGCGAUCUGUUGAUCAGCGGGUCUGCGGAUCGGACGGUGAGGAUCUGGCGGAGGAGUAGCGUGGACGCCAAGUACGGUUGUUUGGCGGUUAUGGAGGGGCAUAAGAAGGCGGUGAAGUCGCUGGCGGCGGUGGAGGGUGAGGACGGCGUCGUUUGGGUGUACAGUGGGAGUUUGGACGGGGAGGUUCGGGUGUGGCAGCUGACAGUUCCGAAAACGUACAGCCGUCCGGAGAUUAUUAUUUGA